AAAACAAUAACAUCACCAAGUUAUACGAAACCCAAUUUUCUCGAACCUCCCAAUUUCUUUCUCUAACUUUCCUUCUUUCCUUCAAAAUCUUUUCUCUCUCAUCUUUUUCGCAUCAACCAGACGCAUAAUUCAUCCGCAGGAGUUGCUGCUGAAUUUUCUUGGAUCUCUUCGAUUUGGUGUGUUUAUUGAAGAAGAUCGGAACUGUUUUGCAGAGCUUUGUGUGUGUAUGUUGGUUGGCAUUGUGAAGGUCAAAGCCUGGUUUUGAUUUUUUUCUGUUUGUUUCGCGGGAUUCUGGGACUGAUAAUGUUGUAUUUGAAGCAGCCAAGCUCCAUUAUUUGCAAGGGAUUUGGUUGUGUUGUUGUAGCGCGAGUAAGGUAAUAAUUGGAGGAAACUUGUGUUUUUUUUCUGUAGAGAUUUGAGGAAUUUCGGAAUCAGUGCAUGUUCUUGCAGUAAUUCCCUGAGCCUGGGGCUCGGGGGAGAUCUGGGUGGGAAAUUUAGAAGGAGGCAGAUCGUUAGAGACAGAUAUUGAGGGAGACGGAGUAUUUUACCUCAUGGCAUCGUCAACGCUGGAGAAUGGUUAUUGCAGCUACAAUGAGCACUCAUCUCAAUCUGCAUCCCCUGGCUGUAUGCAGAAAUUCAGGCUCUACGAGACUGGAUCGAAUUUUUACAUGAUUGGGAGGGACAAAUCUAGAACUUAUUGGAGAGUGCUAAAGAUUGACAGGCUUAAUCCAUCUGAACUAAACAUUCGCGAAGAUUCUACUACAUAUUCAAAGAGUGAAUGUUCUGAGUUAUUGAGGCGGAUACAUGAAGGAAACAAACCUACCGGAGGAUUGAAAUUUGUCACAACCUGUUACGGGAUUGUUGGUUUCAUCAAAUUUUUGGGGCCUUACUACAUGUUGCUUAUUACGAGAAGAAGGCAGAUAGGUGCAAUUUGUGGUCACAAUGUAUAUGCAGUUUCCAAGAGUGAGAUGAUUCCACUUCCAAAUUCAUCUGUUUGUGCUGGUAUUGCAGAUUCAAAGAAUGAAAACAGGUGCUUGCCAAAUCCUGCAUGCUGAUAUAUUUUGUCUGACUAUAGGAAGUCAUAAAUAUUAUGCUGAAAGAUAUCUGUCCCUUAAUGUGUUGAAUAGAAACUAUUGAUGCUCUUAUGAAUUAUUAUUCUGCCUCUCUUGUUCCUUAGUAUAUGCAUUUUGUGGUAAAAUUUCAGUCAUGAUGGUGAGAAUUAAUACAAUAAUAUAGUGUUGGAUUGUUA